GGCCGCAGGUCCCAGAGCCUCGCUCGCCACCUCCCCCGUGCCUGGGCAGCGUUCGCCCGGGGAGUCCAGCAGGACCCUGUGGAGUUGCGGCCAUGGCCCCGCGGCGGGCGCGCGGCUCCCGGACCCUCGGCCUCCCGGCGCUGCUGCUGCUGCUGCUGCUCCGGCCGCCAGCGACGCGGGGCAUCACGUGCCCUCCCCCAGUGUCCGUGGAACACGCAGACAUCCGGGUCAAGAGCUACAGCUUGUACUCCAGGGAGCGGUACAUUUGUAACUCUGGUUUCAAGCGUAAAGCCGGCACGUCCAGCCUGACUGAGUGCGUGCUGAACAAGGCCACGAACAUCGCUCACUGGACAACUCCCAGUCUCAAAUGCAUUAGAGACCCUCUCCUGGCUCGCCAAAGGCCAGCGCCACCCUUCACAGUAACGACGGCAGGGGUGACCCCACAGCCAGAGAGCCUCUCCCCUUCUGGAAAAGAGCCCGCAGCUUCAUCUCCCAGCUCAAACACCACAGCGGCCACAACAGCAGCUAUUGUCCCGAGCUCCCGGCUGACGCCUUCCACAUCACCUUCCACAGGAACCACAGAGAUAGGCAGUCAUGAGUCCUCCCAUGGCCCCUCUCAGACAACAGCCAAGACCUGGGAACUCACGGCGUCCGCCUCCCACCAGCCGCCAGGUGUGUAUCCACAGGGCCACAGCGACACCACUGUGGCUAUCUCCACAUCCACCGUCCUGCUGUGUGGACUGAGCGCUGUGUCUCUCCUGGCAUGCUACAUCAAGUCAAGGCAAACUCCCCCGCCGGCCAGCAUUGAAAUGGAAGCCAUUGAGGCUCUGCCAGUGACUGGGGAGACCAGCAGCAGAGAUGAAGACUUGGAAAACUGCUCUCACGACCUCUGAGACUCGGGGAAACCAGCCCAGCUAUGUCCGGAGUGAAGGAGCCUAUCUGCUUUAGCUAAAGACGACUGAGAAGAGGUGCAAGGAGGUGGGCUCCGGGGCCGGGCCUCUCAGACGUCCCAGCAGGAUCUCACGGACUGCGGGUCGGCGCUUCCUGCGCAGGGAAGCAGGUUCUCCGCAUUCCCAUGGGCACCACCUGCCUGCCUCGGAUCCAGGACCCAGCUUCCCAGGAGAGACCAAAGGCUUCUGGGCAAGGGUUUUAUUUUAUUACAGUGUGAGCUGCCUGGAAUACUUGUGGUAAUGAAAUAAAACCCCUGCCCCGAACCUUCCGUCCCUCAUCCUGACUUGCAGUUCACAGAGAAAAGUGACAAACCUGAAGCUCUCUGUCAACUACAAGGCUCCUCCUGGCGUGGGAGGUGUCUCCAGGGAAGACACCAGCGUUGGGGCUUCUAACCACCCUGUCUCCAGCUGCUCUGCACACACAGACAGGGACCCGGGAAAGGUGGGAGAGAUGCUGAGCCAAGCGAAUCCUCUCCAUCAAAGGAUCCGCAAAGAAGAAACCUCAACUCAGUGCCAUUUUACAUAUAUAUGUGUUUAUAUUUAUACUUCCUUGUCUAUUAUAGCUACACAUUAUAUAUGAUUUGUAUUUUGACAUUGUACCUUGUGUAAACAAAAUAAAACGUCUAUUUUCAAUAUUUUAAAAAUGCA